UUAAGCUGCGUGCAUAUUCACACAGCUUAGCAAUAAUUAAUCCAUCACUAAACAAUGGAAAACCUGAAGCCAAGUGCUGCAAACUCAUCCGUUCUCACUCCAUUAGGCUUCUUGGAAAGAGCAUCCAUAGCCUACUCCGAUUGCAGUUCCAUAAUACACAACACCACCACCUACACGUGGUCCCAAACCCACCGCCGAUGCCUCCAGCUUGCAUCAUCCAUUGCAGCCCUGCUCGGCAUCAAAGAACGACACGUCGUAUCCGUGGUGGCCUUCAACAUUCCCGCCAUGUACGAGCUGCAUUUCGCCGUGCCCAUGUCUGGCGCCAUUCUCAACACCAUCAAUACCCGUCUCGACGCCCGUACUAUCUCCGUGCUCCUCCGCCACAGCCAAUCCAGGCUCGUCUUCGUCGAUCAACAAUGUCGUUCGCUCGUCCUCCAAUCCAUUUCUCUGUUCCCGCCAAAUUCCCAACCUCCUAUCCUCGUCCUGAUUACUGAUGAUGAUGACGAUGCAUUAAUGCCAGCCCCAUCAUCAUCAUCCACCGUUGAAUUUACCACCACUUAUGAAAGCAUGGUGGAGGGCGGUGAUCCUCGGUUCGAGUGGGUCCGACCGAAGAGCGAGUGGGACCCAAUGGUAUUGAACUACACCUCCGGUACAACGUCUUCUCCCAAGGGUGUGGUUCACUGCCACAGGGGGAUAUUCAUCAAGACCGUUGACUCCUUGAUCGAUUGGGCCGUACCGAAACAGCCUGUUUACUUGUGGACCCUACCUAUGUUCCACGCCAACGGCUGGUGUUUCACGUGGGGAAUGGCUGCUGUCGGUGGGACCAACAUCUGUCUCCGCAAAUUUGACGCUUCCACAGUCUACGGUCUAAUCGAUCGCCACGGCAUCACCCACAUGUGCUGCGCACCUGCGGUGCUCAACAUGCUAUCAAACUCUCCCCACAACAAGAAGGAACAACCCCUCAAAAACCCGGUCCAUAUCCUCACAGCCGGGGCUCCACCACCCGCUUCGGUGCUCUUGCGGGCCGAGUCACUGGGCUUCGUUGUGAGUCACGGGUACGGGUUAACCGAGACAGCUGGGCUUGUGGUCUCAUGCGGAUGGAGAAAAGAAUGGAAUUCGUUUCCAGCAAAAGAGAGAGCCAGGCUAAAGGCAAGACAAGGGGUCCGAACUAUCGGGUUGGCCCAAUUAGAUGUGGUGGAUCGGAACACAAAGGAGAGCGUGAAACGAGACGGGUGUUCGGUGGGUGAGAUAGUCGUGAAGGGUGGGAGCGUCAUGCUUGGAUAUUUGAAAGAUGCGGAAGCGACGUCGUUAUGCAUAGGCAACGAAGGUUGGCUGUACACAGGGGACGUCGGGGUGAUGCACGUAGAUGGAUAUUUGGAAAUCAAAGACAGAAGGAAGGAUGUGAUAAUAAGCGGGGGAGAGAAUGUGUGCAGCGCCGAGGUGGAGUCGGUGAUCUACUCGAAUCCCGACGUGGAGGAGGUCGCGGUGGUGGCUCGUCCCGACGAGUUGUGGGGGGAGACGCCCUGUGCGUUUGUGAGUUUGAAGAAAGGGUUGGAUAUUAAUCCUUGUGAGAAGGAUAUUAUUGAGUUUUGUAGGCAAAGAUUGCCGCAUUUUAUGGCACCCAGGACCGUGGUUUUCAAAGACGAGCUUCCCAAGACUUCUACUGGCAAAAUACAGAAGUUUUUACUUAGAGAAAUUGCCAAGUCUUUGCCUUGAGUGUUUUU